UUGUUUCAAACGUUUUCCAUACAAAGCAAAUACACUGCGCUCCUGCGUCCCUGCAUCGUGUAGCUUGAGCGGGAGAUCAGAUUCCGAGAAAGAGAGAGAGAUAUGGAAACCAUUUCUUCAUCAGAAUCAAUUGAUCUUGAUUCUCUUCGCAGUGGGAUCAGAGAGCUCGAAGAAAUUCACAGUAAUUGCAAUGAAGAUAUCGUCUGUGAAAUUUCCUCUUCAGAUUCUAACCAACUAUUAAAAGACUGUGCUCUUCAGCUCGAGAGUAAAGUGCAACAAAUUGUGUCUGAGUGCUCUGACUUCAGUUUCUUAGGAAUUGAAGAUCUGGAUGCAUUUGUAGAGCAUUUGAAAGAGGAACUCAACACAGCAGAGGCUGAGAGUGCUAAGAUAUCCAGUGAAAUUGAGGUUCUAACAAGAAACCAUAUGGAAGAUUCUGUUCAAUUGGAGAAUGAUAUUGAAUUAUUGAAGUGUUCGUUAGAUUUUGCAGCAUUACAGGAUAUGGAGAAAGAAAAAGAGCAUGCUUGCGGAGAAGAUAUAUCAAAUUCAACAAAUAAACUUGGAGAAUAUGAGUUUGAGAUUUUGGAACUUCAUAAUCAGAUUGAGGAAAGCAAAGUAAUUUUGAAGAAUUUACAAGAUUUUGAUUCUACUUUCAAAAGGCUUGAUACUAUAGAACAAAUUGAAGAUACUAUGUCAGGACUAAAAGUCAUAGACUUUGAUGGAACCAGUAUUAGAUUGUCAUUGCGGACCUAUCUUCCAAAAUUAGAAGAGUUAUUGUGCCAACAGAAGAUUGAAGUCACUGCUGAGCCAUCUGAAGUAAAUCAUGACUUGCUGAUUGAAGUAGUUAAUGGUACUAUGGAGCUCAAGAAUGUUGAGAUGUUUCCAAAUGAUGUAUUCAUAGGUGAUAUCAUUGAUGCUGCAAAAUCUUUCAGGCAAUUUUCACAUUCGUCGUUUGUGGAAACCAGGUCCUCAUUGGAAUGGUUUGUAAGAAAAGUGCAAGAUAGAAUCAUUCAGUGCACCUUGAGACGAUUAGUGGUGAAGAAUGCAAAUAAAUCAAGGCACUCAUUCGAGUACUUGGAUAGAGAUGAGAUUGUUGUAGCUCAUUUGGUUGGCGGAGUUGAUGCAUUUAUAAUGUUAUGUCAAGGUUGGCCCUUAUCAAAAUCUCCGCUAAAGCUGAUGUCCCUCAAAAGCUCAGAUAACCAUUCAAAAGAGAUUUCAUUAAGCUUUCUUUGCAAGGUUGAGGAAGUGGUUAAUUCCUUGGACAUACACAUGCGGCUUAACUUGUUGAGCUUUGUGGAUGCAAUUGAAAAGCUACUUAUGGAACAAAUGCGCCUACAACUGCAUUCAGACAGUGCUCCAAAAGUGUGACUACUGCUCUAACUUUAGAUUAUCACAGGGUACUAUAAAUUCCCAGAUUUUUCAGCAUUUGGUCUAUAUUGUAUAUAUUUUUGAAUACAUUCUUUCUUCCAAAUAAUAGUCGUCUUGUCUCAUCGAUGAUGUGCCGGAAUGAUAUUUUUUGCAGCACAAUUUUCUUAUGGUUGUCAAUCAAUUUUCAAAUAGUAGUUACUCAACUUGUGAUCUGUAAGUCAUAGAUUCGAGCCACGGAAACAGCCUCUCUCUAAAAGUAGGGGGAGAUUGCAUAUAUGAAUCCUCCCCAAAGACUAUAUGUGGGAUGCUUUGUGCACUAGAAUUGUCCUCUUUUUUUUUUUGUUUAUUAAUUUUCAAUGUAAUGGUUCUUGUGACGAU